GUAGCCACCGGUGAGAUGUUCCUGGUCAAAUUGAAGCUUUGAGAUGUUAAAGUUUCUGAAAUAGAGAGAUCUAAUUAUUUAUUAAUACUACAAAAAUAUCUUUUAAAAUUAACAUCUUAAGUUUCCUAUCGCUCUACGCAUCUGUCUCCUUCUUUAUCUUACUGUUAAGAACUAAAUAUAGUUGUUACAAAAAAAAAGGAACUAAAUAUAGCAUAAAACCAAAACAACAUUUAAAAUUAUUUUAAGAACUAAAUAUAGCAUAAAACCAAACUCAAAUUUAAUAGAUCUUUUGGAACUAUAGGUUUAUGGUUGGGUCGAUCGGGUCUACAUUGACUUGUAUAAUAACAAAAAUAGAUUUAUUAAUAUAUAACUGAGAUAUUUUUGGUGUAUACAAACAAUAAUAAUUCUCACAACUCUGGAUAACCAUAUUAAAUAAUUAUAGAAAAAUAUAAUUUGAUACCAAACAGUGACCAAUUAUUGGUGGAUAAAAACUAUAAUAAUUUAUGAUUCUUCAUCUGAUUCAAACUUGUAUAAGAGCUUGGCUGCUCAAACCAACUUCUCUUCUCUCCUACAAAAAAAAAAAAAAAUUUCUUCUUUCUCUUUGACAUAAAAAAAAAACUCUUUCUGUGUCUCCUCUCUUCAAGUUCAACACCAAUGGAUUACGAGGUAUCAAGAACUGGUGAGAUCAUAGAAGAUUCAGAGCAGAUUGAUUUGCUACCUGGAUUCAGAUUUCACCCAACAGAUGAAGAACUCAUAAGCCACUACCUUAGACCGAAGGUUCUAAACACCGUCUUCUCUGCUGUAGCCAUUGGUGAAGUUGAUCUCAACAAGGUUGAGCCUUGGGACUUGCCAUGGAAGGCUAAGAUUGGUGAAAAGGAGUGGUACUUUUUCUGCGUAAGAGAUCGGAAAUACCCAACCGGUUUAAGGACGAACCGGGCUACUAGGGCCGGUUAUUGGAAAGCUACAGGCAAAGACAAAGAGAUCUUCAAAGAAAAAGCUCUUGUUGGUAUGAAGAAAACAUUGGUUUUCUACGAAGGAAGAGCUCCUAAGGGAGUAAAAACAAACUGGGUCAUUCACGAGUAUCGCUUAGAUGGCAUAUAUGCAAACGACAAUCUCCCUGUAACCGCUAAGAACGAAUGGGUUAUUAGUAGAGUUUUUCAGAAAGGUGCAGACGGUAAGAAGAUGCAUCUCUACGGCUUAACGAUGCUCGGUUCAGGGAUUAACCAAGUCGAACCGGCUGGUUUACCUCCGUUGUCUAACGUGACCUGCUUCUCCGACCAAACAAUCGUUGAGGACAAGAGUCACAUCUCCGAGUUAAAAGACGAAUGUAACGUUACCAUGCUCGGUUCUUCAUCGACGCACUCGAUACCAAACAUUGGUUCGAUGCUUUACUCUGAUCCUGUGUUCAUGCAAGAUAAUUCUUCAAUAUUGAUGAUGUUGCUUGACAGUGAAGAAACACAGUUUAAGAAGAAUAUCCAGGGUUUCGGUACAGCGGAAAAAGAAUUAACCACGAGUUCUUGGCACGAUCACGGUCUUGCUGGUUCGGCCGGUUCGGUUGAGGUCGAUUGCUAUUGGAAUUUCUGAAUUGGGGACUUGGAACUUGUCUAAAAUUGGGGGGUACAUAUGGGGAAAAACAAACAAUUAGGAGGUAUUUUAUUUUAGGGAAGUGUUAUGUGUUUGCUCUAGAUUAUAGACUCUAGGAAUAUAGGAUGUACGAAGAUAUUGAAAGACUCUUGUAACAUUUUGUGAAAAUCGAUUCUCUUACCAUUUGUAAUCCAUUUAUAAUUUGUCAUAAUAAUAAUUUGUGAAUAUACCUCAAAUCUGAAAAUUCUUU